AUGAAAACCGCAAUCCUGAACAAUAACAAGAAUUUUUAUUUUUCUCGUAGACUCACUCUUAUCCAAAAUAAAAUCGUAGUUUACACUCAAAUUCCAUCUUACAAUGAUGAUAAAAUUGUUAGAAUUUAGCAGGAUAUAGAUUAUAUUAGAGAAGAUAGAGUAUAGUAGUCACACUUGUCGAUAGGAAAAUUAAGAUAUAUAGUAAGUGAAUAGAUAAACAGGGUAAGAUCGAUAGAAGAUGCUUUUUCUCAAAUAAUAGCCUUACAAUAAUAACCUGAACAGAGAUCUAUUUCUAUUUAGUUUUACUUGGCUGAAAUUUGUUCUUAAAUAUCAGAAAAGCAAAUUAACUAGAGAAAUUCAAUGAGAAUGUAAAGAUUGAUUUUCUAAGACUGCUCUUCAGAGCUUAUUGAAGAAGUAGUUAAAUUUUUUUAUAGCGCUGAAUGGAGAGCUGAUAGAGUAAACAGAAUAGAAUAUAUUCUUUUUAAAAACUGCUAUAUAAACGAUUUUAAGCUUAUAAAGCUAAUUUAGAGGUUUGAUUAUUUUUAUUCUUAGAGAUUCGAAUCAGCAAGUUAAAAAAAUAAGCAAGAUUCUACUAAAUAAGAUGAUGAGUUAAUAUCUUUUAGCAAUGUUGAAAUUUUGAUUGAUAAUUGCCCAAAUAUUACUUCUUAUUUUUUAAGCUAUCUUGAAAAUUGGACUAUCGUUUAAAAUGCUUUGACCAAUGUAUAAAGCAAUUAUUUGACAGAUUUUACUUAUGAAAGAGUUAAAAAUUUUAAUUAAAACACAAAACUAGCAAUUAAAGAUAUUUAAAACGACCUUAGCCAUAUCGAUUUAUUAAAAUUUUCAACAACUAUCUAUUUCAAGUACCUUGCUUCUUUAAAGUUAAAAAACAUUACAAGCGCUAAGCCAACUAUACUUAAGGAAAUGCUUUCAAGUAAAUUCUAGCCUAAAUUUAAAGAAUCUGAUGCAGAAAAUUAAUCAUAUAGCUAGUAAAAUGCUGCUGGUCCUUAUUGCUCAAAACUACAAGUCCUCAGUGUAGAUACUACUGUUUGUGACAGUUUUGACUCCCUUCCACUUCACGAAGAGUAUUGGGCCCCUUUAAGAAAGCUAUCUUUUGAGAAUAGAAGCGAAGACUCUAAUGAAUACCAUGAUAUUACAUUUCCAAAAAUGGUUUCUUAUUCUUUAUUCAGUUUAUAAAUACUAAAACUUAAGAGGUGUAAUUUGACAGCCGAAUUUUUCUAAAUAUUUGCCAAGAUGGAUUGUGUACAAAAUGUUAGGUAGCUAAGCUUUGAAAGAUGUAAGAUAGACCUUAAAGCUUUCAAAACUUUUCUCUAUCAUUCUAAGAUUACAGAAAAUUUGUAGUAUCUAAAUUUAACGAAUACAAAUAUAACAGAUGACGUGUGCUUUAUCAUUUCAGAGCAAUUCUCAAAUAAAAUGCAGUUGAAAGGAAUUGAUGUCUCCAGAUGUACAAAGAUUAGUCAAAAAGGAAUAAAGUAUUUAACUUUAAUCACAAGUCUAAGACAACUUAACAUAGAAUAUUUAGAAAAUGCUGUUACAGAUUCCUUUUCUUACUAUAUUGUUGACUUACUUUUAAAAAAAUAGAAAAAAUUCUAUGAAACUUUUAUUGAAGAUGACUAAGUCUAAAUGUUAACAGAAAUAGAUAAACAAAGAGAAAAUCAAAUUCAAAAUACAAACCACUACUAAAAUGUAAUAUAUGAACUUUAAAAGAUCUUAGAUAAAAAAAUUUAAGAAGAAAAGAAAGAGCAGUAGCCUCCUCCUUUAGUAAAUGUAGCUGCUUAAAAAUCUUAAAAUGAUUAAGGUGAUAAAGAUAAAGAUAAAGAAAAAGAAAAAGAAAAAAAAGAGAUAACUGCUUAAAUGGUUAUACUUGAUUCUUCUAAGGCACAAGCUCUUUCUAUUACUUAGCUGAAAGCUAUAUAGGCUGAAAUAGUUCUUAUCAAAGAAAAAGAAAUACAGCAAAUUAAAGACACAUAUAAUCAAAAAAGAGAAGAAAUUAAGCUUCAGUUUAAAGAAAAAAGAAAAAACUAUUUAAAGAACAUAAAAUAACUGCUUCAUUAUGAAGAUUUGCCUACAAUUAAUUACUUAAACUUGAAUAAGAAUACCAAAGUUACUUCUGUAUUUUUAGAUCUACUAGAUAGUUAUGGCUUUUUGAAUCGCCUAAGUCUACUCAGUGUAUAAGACACUAUGGUUAAUGGUCAUAUAUUUAAAAUCUUGCAAAAAAAACCUUAAAUUACAGAGAGCAAAGUGUAAGAAGAAUCAAAUAAUAAUGAAAAUAAAAAGUAAGAAGAAUAGAAGCAAAUAAAUAAAUAAGUAUAAUAGGAAAUAAUUCCAACCAAUCCCAAUUUUACUGAAAAAGGAGAUCUAAAACCAAUUAUAGAAGAUGAAAAAGGUGACCAUACUUCAUAAAAACCAUCUACGGCUUCGGCAGCAGAAGGUAUUAAUAACACUAACCUUCAAAACACACCCUUUAAAGAAGAUUCAGAAAAGUAGCUAAUUAUCAAAAAAGAAAGUAAUGAUGAUGUUGCUGCUGCUGCUGAAGUAGUGGUUGAGAAAUAAGAAGAUGAUGAUAAAAAGAAAAUUACUGUAAAUAAUAGCUUAGAAUAAAGAAGACUUUAAUAGCAAAAUAUUAAAAGAAAAAUUCUUAAUAUGACUGAGUAAUAAAAAAAUUAAAAAACAGAAGUAAAGAAGGUAAAAACAGAACCUGAUAAUUAUUAUUUAAAAUACCUUGAUUUAACAGGAUGUAAUCAAAUUUAUCCAGACUGUUUUGAAAUUCUUUUUGAUACUUAUUUUGAAAACUUAGAAGUAUUAAAAUUAGUUUAAGUUAACUAUUAUGAUAAUCAAUUUUUAACCUUUACCUAAAAUGUUAACAACUAUUUUAAAAAAUUAAAAAUUUUAAAUCUUGCUUAAAGUCAAAUAAAUAGAUCAGCAAUUUCAGUCUUUUUUAGCAAAGUCAAUAUUCCAUUAGUAGAAAUUAAUAUGAAUUAGUGUAAGGUUGAUGAAGUAUGCAUAUAAAGUCUCAACAACAACUUGAAAGAAAAUCUCAUUAAAUUAUCUUUAUCCUAAUGUUUCCUUUAUGACUCUUAGCAUCUCUAAGAUUUGCUUAACUUGAUGAAAAAGAAUGUCUGCUUUGAUUACAAUUAUAUACUAAAACAAUAUAAUCACUUAAUCUCUAAAAAAAUGCUGUAUGAAAUUGUAAGGAAUUAUCCUCCACUUGAAAAUCAGCAUGUCUUAGAUUUGACAGAAGCAGCAUUUUGUGAUAUCGAUGUUACUUACUGGAAUCAUAAUAUGAGAUAUUAAGAUUAAAAGAUUAACCAAUUCUCUAAACUAGAAGCUUUGAUUGUUGAUGAUACUAGAAUAGAUUUUGAUUUAUUAUUCAUGAUUUUAAGAUAACAUUGUAACAUUUACCACAUUUCAUGCAAAAAUACUCCUAACUUUAAAAUGAAAAGAUACAUAGAAAACAAAUCUACAAAAAAAGUAGUCUAGGUAGGGUUUGAAUAGAUGGCUCAAGUACUGAACGAUAAGUCUUUAGAAUUUUAAGAAGGUACUAGCUGGAUUAAUUUUAUUUCAAGUAAAUUUAAGAAGAAACACACUAGAUAUUAGAAUGAAAAUAUCGUUCUCAAUUUAAGAUUUUAGUAAAUAAUAUAAAAACAAAGAUUAAGGUCUCUUAUUGACAGUUAUAAAGAUCUCAUCACUAGAAUUAACUUUGAAAAUUCCAAAAUUGAUGAUAACGUCUUAGAAAAUAUUAGUUCUGGAGCUAAAACCAUUACUCGUCUUUACAUAAAAGGAUGCAAUAACAUAACAAAGGCAGGAUUAAUUCGUUUAAGUGAAUCGAAGAAGCUCUCUCCUAAAUUUGACCUCGAGUGCAUUUUAGAACUUAAGCAUUUAAUAGAUAUGGAGGUCAUGUAGUCAAUAGCUCAGUCUCCUUACCUAAAAAAUAUUGUUUAUUUAGACUUCUCUAAUCUCUAGCUUUCUAACAUAGAUGAUGGAAUCAUGAAAAUUUGUCUUUCCAGCUCAGAAGUUCUACUAAACAUCCGUAUUCUUGACAUAUCAAAUACUUGGACCAGUGACAGAGGUCUUUAAAUUAUUUCCGUCACUUAGAAGUUGAGAAAAUUAGAAAAAAUUUACUAUUCGGAUUGCAAAAAAAUUACUGAAAGAGGUAUAGCUUACAUCCUUGAUUCAGGUACUCUUGAAAGAUUAGAUAUUAGUCAUUUCAUAGGACAAUCUCCUGAUAAAUUUAAUGGAAAAGUACUCGAUAAUCUAAAAUAUUCAAACAGAAAGGCCUUUUUCAGAGAACUCAAUUUCCAAGACUCUCUUUUUGUAGAUAAGGAACUGAAUAAUAUGUUUUAUGACAUAUCGAAAAUGUUUAAUAUUAAAUAUUUAGACUUAAGAAGGACUCCAAAUAUAGGUGAUGAAGGUCUUAAGCUAGUUCAUCAAAUAUAAUUAGAUUAAUUUUAGAUUCUUCUACUAGAUUUUUAUAGAUAUGAUAAGUUAAUUCCUUCUUAAGCAUAUAUAGAUGCUGUUAAAAAAAUUGAAUAGCUCUAAUUAUAGAACAUUUCAAGCAGCGAAAAGGCAGUAGCUUAAAAAGUUGCUAAUUUAGCUGUUAAUGAAAAUCCAAAUUAAAAGCAAGGUAAAGAUAAUAAAAACUAGUAGAACCAACAACAAAUUGAAUCAGACAAUAUAGUUUAUUCAAAAACAAGUCUUUUGUAAUACCCUCCAUUUUAAUUUACUUAUCAAUCAAAUGGAAUUGAAGAAUAUGAAGAAAGAAGAAAGAAAAUGAAGAGUUUAUACAAUUUCGAAAAGGUUUAACCAAAACAAAUUACAGAUACUAACAUUAUUUAAAUAUUGAGAUAAGACAACUUUUUCUUGGAUAUUUUUAUUAAUAACAGCAAAAUAAGAGAAUUCAGAUAUGACUUUUUUAUUUUCAAGCACAGUCAUCUUUUUGAAGAUAACAUUAUCUUUUCUCUUGGAUUAUCCAAGUUUUGUGACUAUCAUAAAAAAAAUACAACAACUCGUUUAGAUAAUAAAGUUCCAGAAAGAAAUCCCCAAAAAGAACAAACUUAAGAUUUAAAUUUUAAGAAUUAACUAAGGUAAAUUAAAUACAUGAAGUAUCUUGAUUUAUCUAAUGCAACUAUGGUUUCAAAUAAGGCAUUCUGCAUUCUUUUUAUGAAUUUCGAGUUGCUCUCAAUAGUUGAGCAUAUUAAUCUGUCAAAUACUCAAAUUGAUGAGGACGUAAUUUUGAGUAUUUCAGCAAGCUAUUAAAUGACAAAUUUAAAAACUUUACUUUUUGAUAAUUGUUAGCAGUUAAAAGAUAUAAGCACUGCCUUUAUUUAUAUUGUACUAGGUUCUAAAAAGAAUUAAAUGAUUCUCAAAAACUCAUAGAAUAAUAACUCUUUUAAUUACAUCAAAUAAAUGGAUUAAGUUAAUUAAGCCUCUAAUAAUAAUGCUGUUAACAAUAAAAACCAACAAAAUAAAAACAAUUAAAAUAAUGAUUAAUCUAAGAAUAAAGAGAAUGAAGAAAAAAAUAAAGAAGAAACAUUUUUAAAUUUUGAUUACUAUGGAUUUUUUUAGUAUUACAGCACACUUUUAAAUGCUGCAGCUAUCAAUUUAUUCUUAAAAAUCCAUUCUAUGAAGUAAAAGCAAGAUGAAAAGCUCUCCAAUUAAAAGGGUUCUGUUGUAAAAUCUAGACACAUUUAUGGCUUGAAUUUAGAAGGAUGCUAAUUAAAAGGCAUAUCUUAAUUGUAAAUUCCCAAAGAAAUCAUGAUAAUUAAUCUUGCAUAAACAAAUAUAGAUUAUCCUGACCUAAAAUUAUUCUUACCUUUUACUAAAUAUUUAUGGAUUGACUAGACUUUUAACAUAAAGGAUGAGAAUUUCGCAGCUUAAAUUUAACCAAUGCUUGAUUAAAUUUAAGAAAGAUUUGUAUAUACUGAGUUUUUAAAUUCAAAAAGCUACUCUCUAAAUAAAGGAGCAAAAUUGAUAAUACACAUUUUAGAAAAGUUUGACAUAAAAUAUCUCGAUUUAACUCAUUUCAGAUAAAUUAGUCACACAAAUAUGAAGGCACUAUUAUCUAAUGAAAAAAUAUGUAACAAAUUAAGAUCUCUUAAGAUUGACUUUAGGCAAUUGCAUCAUGUUAAGCUGUUAAAUAAUAUUCUUGAUACAAUAUAUAGAUUAUGUGAAAAGGAUUAAUUAUUCUAGUUACAAAUUGACAAGAUACUAUUAGAUUAGUAAUAUAAAAAAUUUGAUAAAGAUUUUACUGUAGAAGAAUCAACCAUGAAAAAGAUUAGGGACAAGAUCGUAAUUGAUAGUAACAUAACAAAAGGCUUCCCUUUCAUAGGCCAUCCUUUCAAAUAGAGUGACUACAAUAAAAAUGAGGAAGAGCAAACGAUAAAAAAUUACUUUGAAUUCGUUUACCAACCUUUCUAGAUUUAGGAUUUACGUCUUGGAGGAAUGAACAUUACAAAAAACCAGGUACAAAGUUUACUAAAUCUAUUAUAGUAAGGCAAUUAAUUGAGAAAACUGGCUUUAGAUGAGCUUCCUUUUGUAAAUGAUGAUUUUGUAAUAGAGAAUUUAAUAAAGACAGUUUCAGUAGAGCACACUAAGGAAAUUAGACCUUUUGAAUAUCUACAAAUUUUAACAUUAUCUAAAACAAGGGUGACAGAAAGAUGCUUUAUCAACAUUUUAAAUGAAAUACCAUUUAGCAUUAAUUUUAAACUAAGUCUAUUAUUAGAGUCUUUGCAAAAGGAGUAAAACUUUACAUUUACAAAUUACACCUUAGAAGCACUUUCAUAGUCCAAAUAUUUGUUAAAUAUUACUAAUUUAGACACAUCUAACUUUGACUACGUUUCUCAUAUUCUAUGUAAAUUAUUUGAUAGUAAAUAUGCUGUAAAUAUUCAAACAAUCUCACUCAAUUACAAACUCUUAAAUGAGUAAGUGUUUAUUAAACUUGCUAGUACAAAAAUGUUACCUAAUUUGAUCAAAAUAGAUCUCACUAAUUGUUCAAAAUGCAACCAGUUCUUCCAUUAUAUGAUUAGAGCUAAAUAUAUUAAUAUACGAUUCUCUAUAAAAGAUAUUGUAGAAGAGCCUGGAAUCAUAAGCUGUACUCCAUUCUUGCUUAGUAUUAUUGACAGUACUUAUAUGCAAUAAAUCCAGACACUUACCAUAGAUAAUAUUGAUCAUGAUAUCAACUAAUUAGAAUAGAUAUUCUAAGUCUCUAACUAUCUAUUUAAUUUAAAGAAUCUUUCAAUUAAUAUCUAGCGUGACAGUACAAGCAAUUAACAAUUUUGGACGAGUAUAGCUGAUUCUAACAAAAUUCCUUAGUUAGAAUAGCUUUCUGUUAAAAAACUUAUAACAUCAAACUUAAAGAUCAUGAUUUAACAAAAGUGGAAACCAAGAGUUUAAAUCGAUAAACUCCUUUAUGACAAUUAAGAAUAUCUUGAUGAUGAAUGCUUAGCAAUUUUGUCAGAGCAACCCCAUUUAAUCAAUAUCACAGAAAUAGAUUUAUCAAAACUUAAUGUAAGCAAAAGAGAUAUAUCAAGCACAACUUUACUCAAACUGUUUUUAAGUAAGUACUGUACAAACAUAUAGAAAAUCAUAUUGGGUGAAGACAAAUUAGAGGAUAGGAGUAAAAUCGGUAUUGAAUAAGAUCUUGUUGCUACUGAGUACAUUGCUGAAUAUUUGAGAGAACAAAAGAAAUUAUUCAAUGAGGCUGAGUUCAAAUUAAUAGAUAUCUAGAUCUACAAAGCACAAGAAAACUCAAAAAAUAAUACAGAAGAAUAAGCGGAAUUAAAGAAAGAGGGACUUUAUGAGAAAUUCUUAAUGUUUAACAAUUUAAAAAAUUUAAAAGAAAUUCAAUUUUUAUCUAAAGAACUAUUAAAUAAAAGAUACCUAUAUCUUAUAUCUAAAAAAUCUCUCCAUAAAAUGUUUUCAACUCAAUUUGAUUUUGGUCUCUUUAUUUAUCAGCUAACUGAUUUAUUUUUCCAACUGAAAGAUGAUCUCUACUCAUUUUACACCCUUAUAUAUCCAGAAAUAGAUCUCCAUGGCUGGUUUUAAUAGAGAUAAAAAGUACUUUAUCUUGAUUUCUUUUAAUAAUUCCUUGGUGCUUAUGAUGCUAUAAAUUAAGUAAUUAGAAGAGUUGAAGACUUUAGCUGUAUUGAAGAAAUUAGAUUUUAGUCUAAGUAAAAUACAACCUUUGCUCUUCAUUACAUGAUCUAUUGUGAAAGUUGGGGUUAUAAACCAGCAUUUUUAAACCUAUAAAAAAUAACUAUAAGCUUCUAAUUAUAUAAGAGAUUAGAUAUUUCAACUUCUAGUAUUUAGUAAGUAUGUAAUUUCUUUAACAGACCUUUUAUGUAAUUUAAGCUAUUUGAGUGUGGACACUUUUUAGAUCUUUUACUAACCAAUAUCAAUUUGGACUCAAUUAGCAGUGAAUAUUUGAUGACUAGGUUUUACGUAGCUAGUCCUUUUUUUAUAUAAUAAAUUUAAGACAUGGUCUUUUACACUGAUUAAACAUGUCCUAUUAAUAUAUUAUAAGAUAUCUUUAAUUUACCAUACUUAAAUUGGAGAUCAAUUUCGAUUAGAGCAAGGGGAAAAGAUAGAGAUGAAAAUCAAAUUACUCAAGAAGAAAAAGAAAUUUAAAAUAAGAUAAUUAAUUUGAUAAUAACUAAAGGGUAUUUAAAGCUAAAACACAACAUCGAUAGUUUAGAAUUAGUUUCUAAAAUUAGCUUCGAACAAUAUUAUGAUCUUGAAAUAAAUAAUGUUUUAUCUAAAAGUUUCAAUCGCUAAGAAUUUAUUGAAAAAAGAGUAGAUUUGUCAACCUUAAUAAGACCAAAUUAAGUUAUGGAAAUGAGAAAGAACAACAUAUUUUACUACUCUUAAUACACUAUGUAUAUUCCAAGUAUGAAAUAGGAAGAAAAAAAGAAGAAACCAGAAAAAGCUGUACAACAAAAUACAAAUGCUGUUUCUUAAGCACCUGCAAAUAAUAAUCAGCAGUAAUAAAAUUAGCAUGAUAAAAGCACAUAACAGUCUUAAAUAUAGCAAGGAAAAAAUAACCAAUAAAAAAAUAAUUAAUAGUAGAAGGAUUAAGGUCAUUAAAAAUAAGGUGACCACUCAUAAAUUAAAUAAUAAGAUGCUUAAUAAUAAUAAUAAUAGAAUGCCCAAUAAAAUUAAAGUGAAGCCCCAUAAGAAUAAGGUCCACCUGAAUCGUACUUACAAUAAUUCCAAUUGCAUAGGAUGACAAAGUUGAAUAAACUUGUAAUUAAAGCAAAUUUAGAAUGGGUAGACUUUGUUUACCUCUAUGAAAAGAUUAUGGUUAACAACCCAGGCUUAAAUGUGUAAUUUGAAUCUAGGAAUCAUAAACCUAUGAUUGAAUAUAUAAGAAAUACAAACAGGGAGGGGAAAGAUUGGAGCUAAGAGAUAAAGUAUAUUCAAUAGCUUUUUAGUGAUGACAAAGAAAAGAAAAAAGAAUAAAUUAUUUAGGCUAUUGUCUCUAACGAGAGUGCUAAGUACUUCUUACUUCGUCUAGAUCAAAAUGAUAAAAACAGUAAAGUUCCAUUUACAAAUUUUCUUUUUAAUGCUUUUAAAGCAUUUAGGACAGGGUUAGAUACUGAAAUUAAAGAAAUCGGUCCUACCUAAGCAUAGGUUUAAAAUUAAACAAAAUAAUAGUUUAAUACACCAAAUAAUAAUAACACAAAUAAUAACAACAACAAUAACAAAAAUAAUAACUAAAAAUAAAAUAAUAAUGCCGUUAAUAAUAAAAACUAAAAUACAAAUUAAUAAAACAAUAAUGCAGUUGUAGUUAAUAAUAACUAAGAGUAGAAUAUUAUAAGCCACCCAAUAUCUGCUAAAAAAAAGAAAAAGCCUCUGUCUAUAGAAUUUUAUGUUUCUUAGGUUGAGUAUUUAGAUACUAUAGAUUAUUCAAAGGAAUAGGAAUUCCUAAAUAGUUUUCCAUGCUUGCUGGAAAUAACUUUUGAUAAGUAUGAAAAAUCAAAUAAGAUUAAUGAAAAAUUUGUAGAAAAUACAUUAAGUUUGCUUUAGAUUUGCCGUAACCCAAUUACUAUUUAAAAUAUAUUCAAUAUCUUAGCUCCUUGCUGGUAAUAAAAACACCUAAAAUAAAUAAAUAGUAUGGAUUUUGUCAAAUCUAACGUGUUUUAUAUUUCUUUUAAGAACAACAACAAUAUUUAGAUUAAAGGAGUGGAGGAUAGAAAAAUAAAUAAUUUAGAAGAGAAUUAAUUGGCUUUAGAUAAGGUUUAGAGUUAGUUUGUUAAAGAAAAUAAUGAAGUCGAUCAAAAUGAGAACCAAAAUUAGAUAGGUGAUGACAAUAUUAACUUGCAAAACUUGAAAUCAGGUGACGAAAAAUCAGAUAUUUUGAGUAGAAAAUCCUCAGAAAAAGGUGAUCCGCUUCUGAAAAAAAGUAUGGAUGAUUUUGAAGAUUAUGAUUAAGAAAUUCAAAAGAAUGUAGCUAAAAAUCAGUAAAAUGAAAAUUAUAAUUAAGAAGAGAAAAAAGAAGAUUAAAAAGGACAGGAAGAGGAUAAAGAUAAUGAAGAAGAAAAUAAAUUUUAAGAAGAAAAGGGAAAAAAUAAAAAUAGGGUCUUCAUCAACGAAAAAGAUCUCUCUAAGUUUUUAAGGUUAUUCUAAAAUUUACAGGAACUAGAUUUUUCUUAAUCGUCUAUUUCUAAAGAGCAUUUCUAAAUAUGCUUUUAAAGUUUGAAAAAUAACAUAAAUUUGAAUUGUGUUGUUAUUUAAGGGUGUGAAGUUGCAGAUCCUGAAGGAUAUUUGGUAUCUGUUCUUCAAUUUUUAUAGGAAAGUCAUAUAAAAGGAUAGAAAAGCUCAAAUCAACAGAAUAAGAGUUAGGGAAAGAAAAAAAGACAUUUCCAACUUGAGAGAUUUAUUCAGAGUAUAUCUUUUGAAAUUAACACUGUUAUGAAUCUUAAAUUUAUAAAAACUCUUAUCUAAUCAAAUCAUUUUAUUUAGACAAUUAAAUUCUUGAAACUAACAAAUUUGUUCAAUGCCUAUGCUCAAUCAAGUGAAUUAAAACAAAUUAUUUUACCUUUCCUUUAGUCUCAAAAUCUAGACACAAGUGCCUUUUUAUAAUAAAACGAUAUUUAAUCAUAGAUUGAUGAUGAUUUAAUUGUUGAAUUAACUAAGCAAAAAGAUAAUAUAGGAUAUAUAUCACCUGAUACCUUUAUAAAUGUUAAAUAUGGCUUUAACCUUCUCUUGCAACAAAAAUGCAUUGAUUUUGAUGAAAAGCUACUUUAUUUCCUCAAUACUAGUUUCUAGAAAAGUUUGAGUGGUACCUCGUUCUAUGAAGUAUACUAAUUUAUACAUGACUAGAAUAUGCUUAAAAACUCUUAUGACUAUAUUUAGUCUAUGGACAAAGACCUUUUUAAUUUAGUAAAAAUAUACGUGGAAAGAAACGAAUAUUAUUUGUAGUAAACAUAGAAAUUUAUGAAUCAAAAAGACCCUGUCUUUGUAGACACAUCAUAUGAUGAGACUAUAUUUGAAUAUAUACAGGAUUUCCUCAAAGAUAACACUGUAAGAACAACUCCCAAGUCAGAAUUUUAUAGAUAAACAUAUUUUUUAACAUUAGAAGAAUCGAAAUAAAAAUAUAUCACAGCUAAAAAAAGAAAUAAAAAGUAUUAUGAGGAUUUGGAGAACCAAAAAUAGUAUAAUGAGAUAGAACUUAAGAAUACAAAUAAACUCACUAUAGAAGUAAUAAGAAAUAAGAGCUUUAAAGAUUAUCAAAAAGAUAAAGAGAGAUUCAUUUUAAAAUUUAGUAGAUAUUCGAAUCAUUUAAUGUAUUUGAUCGAUUAAUAUAAAAAGAAAAUGGAAAAUUUAAUUAAGUAAGAAUCAAGAUAAAUAUUUUUGCUUGAUUUUAUAGAGAAUCUAAACUUAAAAAAUAACUCGUUCUUCAACUAUUCAGGUCUUAAUAAUUAUAUUACUAACCAUAUUACUCCUUGGUUAAAGCUUAACAGCGGUAUUAGCAAAAUUAAAGAAAGUAAAAAUUUAAGAAGUACUAAAGUUAUUGAUGAAAGUUCUGCAUAGAAAGAUAGCGCUUAUUCUAAAUUGAUUUCACCAGACCAUAAUUUAGAUGAUAAAAUCCUUUUGCACUUACUCUUUAUUAUAGAGUAAGACUUAAAUAACUUAAGAUCUAUAGAGUUAAUAGGUUUAAAUGUUAGUGAUCUAUUCGCUCAGAGACUAAGUAAUGUUCUCUCAGAUUCUUAUAAACUUUAAAAAUUGAUGUUACUUGAUCUUUCAAACAAUAAUCGUUUAACUUCUUAUGGUAUGAAGUACAUCUACUCAUCUAUAGUAGAUAGGGUUUAGAAUGGUUUAAACAUUAUCCUUACUUCAAACAAAUAAGAAAUGGAAUCAAUUGAGCUUAUAUUGGAAGAUAUUUUGGAAAGGAUUGACUUAAUCAAAGAAUUCAUCAGUGAAAGAGCAGAAUAAGCUGAAUAACAAAAGCAGAAUACGCCUAUACAAAAAAAUAUUUUCUAGGCAAUUUCAAUCUAGAAAAAAGGAAGUUUAGAAAAACUUGAAUUAUUAGAUAAUAAAAAAGAAAAUAUAGAAGAUUAGAUCGACUAGCAUCCACCUCAAGAUUUAUAAUAAGAAGAAGCGUAAAUUAACUAAGAUAUUAAACCAAAUGAGAAUUAAGAGAAUAAAGAAGAAAAGAAAGAUGAAGAAAAAUAAGAAGUUGGACUCAUCAGGUAGUCUGCCCCAAAAUAACAAGAAAAAAAAAUCGAUAGCGUAAAAUUGUAUGGAUGGAAACCAUUAGAAGAUCCAUUAACUGAGGAGCUGAAUUACUUGGAGCAGAAAUAUGAAAAAUAUAUGGAAUUAUAUAAAUAAUGCCAAAAAGAAGUUUCUGAGUUAGGAGAAUAAGCAUAAAUUGCAAGUUCUGAGGUAAUAGCUCAGAGUCUUGUCAAUGUUGGUUUUUAUGAGUUUGUAAAUAGGUAGAUAGCUAGAAAAUGGAAAGAAGGCAAACGCUUUUUGGUUAUAUUUUUAGCAAUUUUCUUUUUUGUUUUUACAAUUCUAUAAUUCACGCUUUUCAUUUGCUUUGAGAUUGAAGAAUAUAUUGUAAAAAAAUAUGAACUACGUAAGCUAAAGAAAUAGUCCUAAUUCACUUUUUCAAAAGAAGGAUAACUGCAAAUAAAAGUUAUAAAAAAGGUACCAUUAAUUCUUUAAUAAGACGAUUUUUAUUUUGAUAUAGACAUUCUUUUGGUCAAUUACAUACUUGGUUGCACGAGCUUUACUAUAGAAGAAAAUGAAGAAAGGUAGCGCUUGUUGAGAAUCUAAAAAUUCUUAAAAGAUCCUUGCUAACAAAAUAAGCACUUAAUUAGUAAAUAAAAGGAAAGAAAAUCAUAAUUUUACACUUUAACUUAUGCAUUUUAGAUCUUGAUAGUUACCUACUUUGUUUAUUUGAUUGGUUUUAUUUUAAUUUCAACGAUAUUGCAAAUUUAUACUCCACUUACAGACAGUUGCAAUAGUCUGAACAUUUACUGGGAUGUUGCAUUUUAUAUAUAUUGUAUUUUUGCAAUAACACUUGAAACUCUACUUUGUCUAGAUGUUUAAUACUUAGUAGGUUCCAAGAAAAUAUGUAACAUUAGUUACUUUUCGCUUAUGCUUAGAUUAUUUUUCUCAUUUAUACUGAAGUACGAUUAAUACACAGAUAUUCAAUUCUCCAUUUUCCUAUACAAUUGCUAAGAACACGAUCUUAAAAAAUUUGGAAUUGUUUAGGCGUGUUUUAUACUUUGCAGUUUGUUUAAAGAUUUCAUAAUUGUUUGUCAGUAUCUCUAAUAACUCUAUAGAGACAGGAGUGAACAUGACUAUGAAUAGUUGCCUAAUACUUAUUUCAUCAAUUUAUUUACAGGUUUAGCUCUUUCUAUUCAAAUGAAUGCUUUUUCCAAGCUAUUAGAAAAAUUUUCAACUGUAGGUUUAAGCUAUAUAAAUAUCCGUGUACCUUUUGAGUUCUUGCACUUGCUGUGGAGAAUUUUCUUUGCAAAUAUUCCAACAAUAUUUAUUUAUUUCUACAUAUUCAUUGCAGGUAUUGGAUCUUUUGAUAUUGCUUCAUGGGCUGAUUAAAGAAUUUUUGUUACUUCAAUCUUAAGUUUCUGCUAUUGUGUGCAUUAAGCAUGGGUCACUAAGCCCAGCAACUUUACCUCCUAUCAGAUGAAAGAAAACCUUGAAUUUGUUUCUAUGUAGGAGGAAUUAUAUUCUCUAAAAAUAAGAUAUGAAAAUAAAAUUACUUAUUAUUCGUAUGAUGAAUUAUUCAAAAAGUUGAAGGUGUUCAUAGAAAUCAAUUAAUUAAUAUACAAAUAAGAUUUUUAGAAUUUCAAUAAGCAAUCUCUUUAGAAAUUAUAAUAACAACAGGAAGAUUAAAAAAAUAAUGUAAUUGAUUCACAAAAAAAUCUUGUAUCUCAAGCUAAUAUCUAGAGUGCUCGCGAUUUAUGGAAUGAUUAUGAUUAAUUUGAAGACUCAUAGCAAGCAGACAUUCUAUCAAAUGACACAAAAUCAAAAGAGUUUUAAGAAAAAAUUAAAGCCUUAGAAGAAAAAUAAAAUAAAGAUUUCAGCUAAUAUUAGGAUAAUUUAUUAAGAUUUUUGAUUUAUAAGAAGCUAAACUGGGAAUAGUUUAAUCAAAGAGGAUUGUUCAAAGGGUCAGGAGAAAAAGAGGAAUAAAAUGAAAUAGACAAGAAAACAUAAUUUUCAAAUAAAGAAGAUAACAAACAGAAUUGA